CAUGGUAAUGUGGGAUAAAUAUAUCAUUUCAUUAUUAGUUUUUUUGUUUUUAAGAAACACCUGUGCUAAUCAUAUUUCAGUUCAGGAUGAACGUAGUUUGCCUAGAAUGUAUGAGAUGGAUAAUUAUGAGCGAUGUAAAAAGAUGCAGGGCAGAUAUUGUAGAGUUGAUAUCCACUUAAGUCCGCUAGAAAUUAAUUCUACAUUAGCAAGGGAAAUUAAGAAGAGUAUAGAGGAUAGAAAUAAAUACGAUAGGUCUAAUUUCCAUAGAUUAAUAUGUGUACCUCCAAAUAUUAUUGACUCCAACCUAAUAAAAGAAUAUGCGUCAAAAGCAGCUCAAGAGUAUUUUAACGACAUAAGUGCAAAUUUGGAUAUAAUAGAUAUUCGCUGCGAACCCAACAAAAAGUUUGAAAAAUUUGAUUUAAUUGUCUGUUUAUUGUUAAUCGGUUAUUUUGUACUCGUAAUUAUCGCCAGCCUAUACGAUGCACAAAGAGAAAGACGUGCGGAAAAUUCAAAGCAAGAGGAUUGGUUUCUAACGUUUUCGAUUUUUGAAAACUGGAAAAAAAUUAAUGCAAAAAACUCAAACCCAGAUUACCAGAAAUUAAAAUCUAUACAGGGUAUUCGUUUCUUUAAUACGGUGAUGAUGAUCGCAUGGCAUACGAAGAACAGUUUUGUUUUGGCGUAUAUCGAUGAUGUUUCAACAUGGGAAAACAUACUUGCAAAUCCGCUGAUGUUAUUCAGUAUGCAUUUAGAUCUCUUGAUAGUUCAGACGUAUUAUAUGAUAUCCUCCCUUCUCUUGACCAAUCAAAUACACGAAAUUUAUAAAAAUCAAGGGUAUUUUUCACUUCGUCAUUGUGUAAUAUUGUAUAUUAAUAGAAUGUUUAGAUUCCUGCCAACAAUAUUGAUACAAAUUCUGGUAUCAACUUCCUUAGCUAAGUUUUGGUGUAGUCCCCACACCAUGGAAAGUUUCUUUCUAAUUUUUGAUAACUGUUUAAAUGCGUGGUGGGCUACUUUAUUCCAUUUUAACUAUAUCUUGCCUUUCCAUAAAAUGUGCCAACCUGGUACGUGGUAUUUAUCGGUAGAUACUUGUCUUUUCAUAUCCACGUUGAUGACCAUGUAUAUUGCACUGAAGUACUCUAUAAAUAUUAGAAAAUUAUCAACAGCAGCAUUUUUCAGUUUUGUUGGCAUUUACGGCAUCGUUAUUCAUGUGAAUAAUUUGGAUACAAUGUACAAGGCAUAUCCGAAGUUAUUUAAAAAAUUAUUGACUGCUCCGGAGUUUAACACUUUAUAUAUAAAUCCCUUCUCGAACUGGUCGACAAGUUUUUUAGGGAUCGGUCUUGGAUCAAUUUACCAUAACACGAAAAAUUUAAAAAGUAUAAGUAUUCCAGAGUGGCAUCGAUGGUUGGCGUGGACCGUGUUCUUCACAGUACCAAUUGCGAUUGUAUACAUUACGACUGUCGAAUUUGAAGGCAUGUCAAGGGCUAUUCUAGGGGCCUUGCUAAAACCUAUGUUUGCGCUGCCAUUCGGCAUUGGAAUUUUAUUGAUGUCUAGAGGCUACGGAGGAGCAAUCAAGAGACUUUGUGAGGUUGAGUUUGCGGUUAACAUGAGUAACUUUACAUACUGCACCUACGUUUUCCACUUUGGUUUGGUGUUUGGUCGAGGUUUAUUUACUUACGAAUUGUUUCACGUAACUCCAUUGCACUUUAUAUUGUGGACGAUAAGUGAUAUCUUCUUUUCGUUUGUUAUCGGAAUCUUAACAACGGUGUUAUUUGAACAGCCUGGAUUUACAUUGCAGAAGAAGUUCGUGCCCCAAAUACAGAAAAAUAAGAAAAGAGUAUAGCAAAAUAAUGUGCUCUUUUUAAGCGUGCUCAGAAAACUAUGUCACCUGUAGGCUUCAUAAUGUGCUAUUAAAUUUGAGGUUUAAUUUAUGGAAUUACAAUUUCCAAUA